CUACCCUACCUUAGCUCAUGUGGUUACAGAACUCGCUGACUACUUCAAAAUCCCCGCAUCUACGGAAGAGGGAAUUGGUGCUGCGGUCAUUGGGUAUGAAGAGCUUCGGGCCGGAGGUUUUCUGAACAAAGGGCUCAAGGUCACACACUUUUCCGAGCGUAAAUGCUACGAGGUAUACUUACGGGAAGAGGAGUUGAAGAGAAUGGCUCGAGGAGAGG